AUGCCACUACCAUUGACUAAUAUUCCUUUAAAGGUCGGGCUUCCAGCUGUCGCGGCAGCAGCGGCCUACCUAAACGCGCGAUGGUCCGUCUUCUACGAUGUCGGCCUCAUCAAAUCCCUCGUCAAGAUGUCCCUCCGCUCCCGAGCCGCCGAACGUCAUGAUCGCUUAAAUCUCUUCUACGUCCUCGAAGACUUUGCUCUGUCUCCCGCGACCGCUGACCAGGAAUUUAUUGUGUACAAUGGUCGCUCAUGGACCUUUCACCAGACCUAUACCAUGGCUCUCCGUUACGGAGCAUGGUUCAAGAACGUCCAUAGUGUUGGUCGGAAGGAUAUUGUGGCUAUCGACUUCAUGAACUCGGCAACUUUUCUCUUCCUGACGCUCGGCUUAUGGAGCAUUGGUGCUGUUCCUGCGUACAUUAAUUAUAAUCUGGCGGGCAAGCCUCUCGCACAUUCUGUGCGGACAUCGACUGCGAAACUGCUCAUUGUGGACGAAGAGAUUCGCAACUGCUUCCCUCCCGAACAACUGAAGACAUUUGCUUCUCCGGACUUCCGCAAUGGCAAGGGCUCUGUCAAUGUCUUGUUCUUUACUCCAGAUAUAGAAGCCCAGAUUCUUCAAAUGGAUCCCGUGAGAGAGGACGAUGCGGUUCGCGGCAGUCUCCUCCCGCGCGAUAUGGCUAUCUUGAUCUACACAAGUGGUACGACUGGUCUGCCGAAACCCGCAAUCGUGAGCUGGAAGAAGUGCUGGAGUGGUGGUUUAUUCAUCGGGAACUGGCUGGAUAUUCUUCACUCGGACCGCUUCUUCACGUGCAUGCCUCUUUACCACUCAUCUGCAUCUGUCCUGGGAUUCGUGACAUGCUUGCUGAACGGGGCAACCAUGAUCGUGGGUCGUAAAUUCUCUGCACGAAAUUUCAUGAAGGAGGCGCGUGACAAUGAUGCAACGAUCAUUCAGUAUGUGGGUGAAACCCUUCGAUACAUCCUGGGCGUGUCGCCCGAGAUCGAUCCUGUCACUGGGGAGAACCUGGACAAGAAGCACAAGAUCCGAAUUGCGUUUGGAAACGGACUCCGCCCAGAUAUCUGGAACCGCUUCAAAGACCGUUUCGACAUCACCACCAUUGCCGAGUUCUAUGCUGCCACCGAGGGAACCUCAGGCCAAUGGAACAAGUCGUCAAAUGACUUCUCUGCAGGUGCAAUUGGCCGCAAUGGAGCACUCGGCAAUCUCAUCAUUGGACGUGGAACUGCGAUUGUCGAUGUUGAUCAUGAAACACAGGAGCCGUGGCGGGAUCCGGCAACUGGCCUUUGCAAGAAGGUUCCUCGAGGUGAUCCCGGUGAGCUCUUGUUUGCCAUCGACGCCUCGGACCCCAGUGCCAAUUUUCAAGGUUACUUCCAGAACGACAAGGCGACGGAGAGUAAGAUCGUGCGCGACGUUCUCAAGAAGGGCGAUGCCUACUUCCGCACCGGUGACAUGAUCCGCUGGGAUAAGGAUGGUCUCUGGUUCUUCUCGGACCGACUCGGUGACACUUUCCGCUGGAAGAGUGAAAAUGUGUCUACCAGUGAGGUCGCCGAGGUUCUUGGUGCCCAUCCCGAAGUGCACGAAGCGAAUGUUUAUGGAGUGGCUCUGCCCAAUCACGAUGGCCGCGCUGGAUGCGCAGCUAUUGUAUUCAAUCAGCAAAUUUCCAGUGGCGCUUCCUCGGGUUCCGUACUGGAGCCCUCGCAGGCCAUUCUCGACAGUCUCGCGGCGCAUACCCUAAAGAACCUGCCGCGUUUCGCAGCUCCCUUGUUCCUGCGUGUGAUGCCGCAGAUGCAAUCCACUGGUAACAAUAAGCAACAGAAGCAUGUCCUUCGCACUGAAGGCGUGGAUGUCGCACGGGUUUCAAAGCAUGACCGGCUAUACUGGCUUCAGGGCGAUACUUAUGUGCCGUUUGAACAAAAGGAUUGGAACCGCCUGAAUGGCGGCCAGGUCAGACUUUGA